CGGGCAACUGCUCCGGCCACAGGUACCUGCAGAUGGUGUCCAUUGUCAGUGCUGUCCAACGUUUGCCAGGCUGAUCCAUGGUCACUUUCCGGGAUGGCAGCAAGUUGACUUCAGCUGAGGAUGACCCUGACUGAAAGGCUGCGGGAGAAGAUAUCUCAGGCCUUCUAUAACCAUGGGCUGCUCUGUGCCUCCUACCCCAUCCCCAUUAUCCUCUUCACGGGGCUUUGCAUCUUAGCCUGCUGUUACCCCCUGCUGAAACUCCCCUUGCCCGGAACAGGCCCUGUGGAAUUCACCACCCCUGUGAAGGAUUACUCGCCCCCGCCAGCGGCCCCUGACCACAGGCCAGGAGAGCCUAAAGAGCAGCCUGAGUGGUACGUGGGUGCCCCUGUGGCCUAUAUCCAGCAAAUAUUUGUGAAGUCGUCAGUGUCUCCUUGGCACAAGAACUUGCUGGCAGUUGAUGUGUUCCGCUCACCUCUGUCCCGGGCUUUCCAGCUGGUAGAGGAGAUCCGCAACCACGUGCUGCGAGACAGUGCUGGGAGCAGGAGCCUGGAGGAGGUGUGCCUGCAGGUGACAGACCUGCUGCCAGGCCUCAGGAAGUUCCGGAAUCUUCUCCCCGAGCAUGGCUGCCUGCUGCUGUCCCCUGGGAACUUCUGGCAGAAUGAUCGGGAACGCUUUCAUGCUGAUCCAGACAUCAUCAGGACCAUCCACCAGCAUGAACCCAAAACCCUGCAGACCUCGGCGACGCUCAAAGACUUGCUGUUUGGCGUGCCCGGAAAGUACAGCGGGGUGAACCUGUACACACGGAAGAGGAUGGUCUCCUACACUAUCACUCUGGUCUUCCAGCGCUACCACACCAAGUUCCUGGACAGCCUGCGGGCCCGCCUGAUGCUCCUGCACCCCAGCCCCAACUGCAGCCUCCGGGCGGAGAGCCUAGUCCACGUGCACUUCAAGGAGGAGAUUGGCAUCGCCGAGCUCAUCCCCCUCGUGACCACCUACAUCAUCCUGUUUGCCUACAUCUACUUCUCUACUCGCAAGAUCGACAUGGUCAAGUCCAAGUGGGGGCUGGCUCUAGCCGCUGUGGUCACGGUGCUCAGCUCGCUGCUCAUGUCUGUGGGGCUCUGCACUCUCUUCGGCCUGACUCCCACCCUCAAUGGCGGCGAGAUUUUCCCCUACCUUGUGGUAGUUAUUGGGUUAGAGAACGUGUUGGUGCUCACCAAGUCAGUGGUCUCGACCCCAGUGGACCUUGAGGUGAAACUCCGCAUCGCCCAAGGUCUCAGUAAUGAGAGCUGGUCCAUCAUGAAGAACAUGGCCACAGAGCUGGGCAUCAUCCUCAUUGGUUACUUCACCCUGGUGCCUGCCAUCCAGGAGUUCUGUCUCUUUGCUGUUGUGGGGCUGGUGUCUGACUUCUUCCUCCAGAUGCUAUUUUUCACCACAGUCCUGUCCAUUGACAUCCGCCGCAUGGAGCUGGCGGACCUGAACAAGCGGUUGCCCCCUGAGGCCUGCCUGCCCCCGACUAAGCCGGUGGGGCGGCAGGCGCGCUUUGAGAGACAACUGGCUGUGCGACCUUCCACGCCCCACACCAUCACACUGCAACCAUCUUCCUUCCGAAACCUGAGGCUCCCCAAGCGGCUGCGUGUUGUCUACUUCCUGGCCAGAACUCGUCUGGCCCAGCGUCUCAUCAUGGCUGGCACCGUGGUGUGGAUUGGCAUCCUCGUUUACACAGACCCAGCAGGGCUGCGCACUUACCUCGCUGCCCAGGUGACGGAGCAGAGCCCGCUGGGGGAGGCCGCCCUGGCUCCCGUUCCAGUGCCUGGUGGUGUGCUGCCUGCUGGCCCCCCGGCCCCUGCCUUCUCCAUCUUCCCACCUGAGGCCCCUAAGAUACCUGAGAACCAGACAUUGGCAGGGGAGCUUCCAGAGCCUGGGGGGCCACCAGAGGGUGUCCACGACAGCCCAGUCCCAGAGGUGACCUGGGGGCUGGAGGAUGAGGAACUUUGGAGGAAAUUGUCCUUCCGCCAUUGGCCAACACUCUUCAGCUACUACAACAUCACACUGGCCAAGAGGUAUAUCAGCCUCCUGCCUGUCAUCCCAGUCACACUCCGCCUAAACCCCCGGGAGGCCCUGGAGGGGCGGCACCCUCAGGACAGCCGCAGCGCCUGGCCCCCUCUGGGACCCCAGCCUGGUGGGCUCUGGGAGGCCGGCCCCAAGGGUCCAGGCAUGGCGCAGGCGCACAGAGACAUCACCCUGUACAAGGUGGCAGCUCUUGGCCUGGCCGCAGGCAUUGUGCUCGUGCUACUGCUGCUCUGCCUCUACCGGGUACUCUGCCCGCGCAACUACGGGCAGCCCGGGGCUGGGCCUGGCCGGCGGCGGCGCGGAGAACUGCCCUGCGAUGACUAUGGUUACACACCGCCAGAGACAGAGAUCGUGCCGCUGGUACUGCGCGGACAUCUUAUGGACAUCGAGUGUCUGGCCAGUGAUGGCAUGCUGCUGGUGAGCUGCUGCUUGGCCGGCCACGUCUGCGUGUGGGACGCUCAGACCGGGGACUGCCUUACGCGCAUCCCACGCCCAGGCAGGCAGCGGCGGGACAGUGGCGUUGGCAGCGUGUUCGAGGCUCAGGAGAGCUGGGAACGGCUGUCAGAUGGUGGGAAAGGUGGCCCAGAAGAAGCCGGCGAUAGCCCUCUGCUGCGGCACCGCUCCCAGGACGCUGCUCCUCCUUCCCUCUUCGGGGACCAGCCAGACCUCACCUGCUUGAUCGAUACCAACUUUUCUGCGCAGCUACAGCCCCCCGACCCUGCCCAGCCUGAGCCCCGGCAUCGGGUGGGCUGUGGCCGCACCUGUGACACCCCAGGCUAUGACUUCAGCCGCCUGGUGCAGCGGGUGUACCAGGAGGAGGGGCUGGCUUCUGUCCACACCCCAAGCCUGCGUCCCCCUUCUCCUGGGCUCACAGCACCCCAAACCCUUGAGGAUGAGGGGGGCUCUUCUCUUGAGAAGGGUUCCCUUCCCCUUACCUGGGCCCCCAGUGCAGAUGGCUCCAUCUGGAGCCUGGAGCUUCAGGGCAGUCUCAUCGUGCUGGGACGGAGCAGUGGCCGGCUGGAGGUGUGGGAUGCCAUCGAGGGCAUGAUGCGCUGCAGCAGUGAAGAGGUCUCCUCGGGCAUCACAGCCCUUGUCUUCCUGGACAGAAGGAUCGUGGCUGCCCGCCUCAAUGGCUCCCUCGACUUCUUCUCCUUGGAGACGCACACAGCCCUUAGCCCGCUGCAGUUCCGAGGACGGGGUAAUUCCCCUACAUCCCCCAUGUACAGCAGUGGGGACACGGUGGCCUGUCGCCUGACACACACAGUACCCUGUGCACACCAGAAGCCCAUCACAGCCCUGAAGGCUGCUGCGGGACGUCUUGUGACUGGAAGCCAAGAUCAUACCCUGAGAGUGUUCCGUCUGGAGGACUCGUGCUGCCUCUUUACCCUGCAGGGCCACUCAGGGGCCAUCACGAGUGUGUACAUAGACCAGACUAUGGUGCUGGCCAGUGGAGGACAGGACGGAGCCAUCUGCCUGUGGGACGUGCUGACAGGCAGCCGAGUCAGCCACAUGUUUGCGCACCGUGGGGAUAUCACCUCUCUCACCUGUACCACCUCCUGCAUCAUCAGCAGCGGCCUGGAUGACCUCAUCAGCAUCUGGGACCGCAGCACAGGCAUUAAGCUCUACUCAAUUCAGCAGGACCUGGGCUGUGGUGCGAGCUUGGGGGUCAUCUCAGACAACUUGCUGGUGACCGGCGGCCAGGGCUGUGUCUCCUUUUGGGACCUGAACUACGGGGACCUGUUACAGACAGUCUACCUGGGGAAGAGCAGCGAGGCCCAGCCUGCCCGCCAGAUCCUGGUGCUGGACAAUGCGGCUAUCGUCUGCAACUUUGGCAGUGAGCUCAGUCUGGUGUACGUGCCCUCUGUGUUGGAGAAGCUGGACUGAGGGGGCUGUCCACACCCUCUGGGCUGCGGGGCUGCCCUGUGGCCAUGCACUGGACUUAAACUUGGGGAGGAGCAGAGGCUUCAGGAUGCUGCCUUGUGAUUGUAAUAUUAAAUUUUUUUUUUU